AUUACCGUAUAAGGCGGUGACAGUUGACGGCGUUACUGUUCACCCACCCAUUCAACUAUCCAAUUUUCUGAGCAUUUAUCUGGCUGGAUCUUGGCUGAUUGUGAACACAGGGUACGCAAUGAAAACAUACUGGAACGGAGAUUCGACUGCUGCUGUUGUACUGUCGAAAACUCACCAAAAUUCGGUGUGUGGUCUCUGUGGCAAUUUCAAUGGUAAUCAGAAUGAUGAAUUCAUUGCACCAGCCGGGGAUUUGGCACCAUCUGCUAGCUCAUUUGGCGAGAGUUGGCGGAUUGGGACAAGCUGUCACCAAAGUGCACGUUCAGUGCAUGAUGAGAUUCCACGCGACACAGCCUUAGCAGAGCAAAUUUGUAACGACCUUUUCAACUCUGGUAAUAUAUCGGAUUGUACCCUCGACCCGGCAAUGUUUAGUUCAGCCUGCUUAUUGGAUCUUUCAGCAACACUUCCCAACGACACUACUGGUGGAUGUGCGGUGGUUGCAACGUAUGUUGCUCAGUGCCAAGCGCAAGGAACCAUGGUCGGCGAUUGGCGAACUGGAACAGAGUGCGAAAUACUGUGUCCAGCUGAUUUCGCUUACACGACAUGUGGAUCAGCCUGUCCUCCAACGUGUGAAGACCCUUACCCAGUUGGUUCAUGUACUGAGGAGUGUAUCGAGGGUUGUUUCUGUGAACCUGGUAAAUUAAUUGAUAGUGGGCAAUGCAUUGACCAAGCGGACUGUGGCUGCUACUAUCUGGGAGUAUUGUAUAGGUUUGGUGAAACACAGCCCAAUGAAGUAAUAUGCUCUUGUAACAUCCCCGAUACCGUGUGUGUCGGUUGUCGACAUUUCGAGAUAAACACAGAUGAGGUAACGUGGGCGACUGCGAAAUCCAACUGCGAAAGCCAAGGUGGAAGACUUGCUAUGAUAGACACACAAGUAGUAUUCAACAACAUUCGUAAAUAUAUAUUUGGUAAUCAAAUCGAUGACGAAAUUCGAAAAGGAUUUUGGUUCGGGCUUGAUGAUAUUGACGUUGAAGGUUCGUUUGUCUGGAGUGACGGCACGCCGCUAGGAGAUUUCACAAAAUGGGCAAAACGACAACCAAAUAACAAUGUCAGAUCCGACCCAAAUGGGCAGGACUGUGCUCAGUUAUGGAAAUUGAAAACUUUGAAAUGGGACGAUACUUACUGCAGUCAGAAGAAUGGAUACAUCUGCGAAUAUACUGACCAGUGUAUAUAAGAAUCCGUUUAAAUCGACCGAUCUCUCGGCGUACCUGCAGAUCACUGUGGUGUAAUUUAUUUAUUUGCAUGCUACUUAUGAUGAUUAGUCUGUGACUGAAUAUGUUGUAUACUAGAUACAUACUCGCAUAAAUAUACAUUAUAUUCAAAUUUUCCUUUUGCCCUGUAUUAUGUCUAUCUAUGGUUGCCGAAAGCCAUUACGAAAUCAUUCGGACAUCCGAAAUGAAAUAUUUUCCUUUCUCAGCUGUCUGCAGUCUCUUAAUUACUAUAUUGCAUGAUAUCGCAACGAUGAGAAAUUUUAAUAGUAGAUUAAAAUCACGUAUUAAAAAUUAUGAAA